GUGUGUGUGUGUGUGUGUGUGUGUGUGUGUGGGACGAACAGAAGGUCUACCUGUUCCAGACAGAGGAGACGGGGCGAGAGGCAGGACCAUGCUUACCGAGUGGUUUUGGUGGGAUCAUUUGUGGUUGCCUGCGAAUGUGACGUGGGCGGAUCUGCAGGAUAAAGACGGGCAGGUUUACGCUCACGUGUCUCACCUGUGUGUCAUUCUACCCAUCACUGUCCUGCUGCUGGGCCUCAGAGUCCUGUACGAGAGACUGAUUGCUCCGCCCAUCGCUGCAGCUCUUGGAGUGAAACACAAGGUCCGACUGAGAGCCUCGAACAAUCACACACUAGAACAGUACUAUAACACACAUUCCAAACAUCCAUCACAGUUUGAUGUUAUAGGGCUCAGUAAAAAGUUGAACUUGUCAGAGCGUCAGGUUGAACAAUGGUUCCGCAGACGGAGAAAUCAGGACCGACCCGGCCUGCUGAAGAGGUUUCGAGAAGCCAGCUGGAGGUUCGUGUUUUAUCUCGGCGCUGUCCUCGGAGGUCUCGUGGCUUUACAUGACAAGCCAUGGUUUUAUGAUUUACAUGAAGUGUGGGCGGGAUUUCCCAGACAGACACUGCUGGACUCGCAGUACUGGUAUUACAUGAUCGAGAUGAGUUUUUACAGCUCUCUGUUAUUCAGCGUGGCCGUGGAUGUGAAGCGUAAGGAUUUUAAAGAACAGCUGGUUCAUCACUGGGCCACUUUAAUACUGCUGUCCUUCUCCUGGUGUGCAAACUACAUCCGCAUCGGGACUCUGGUCAUGCUGGUGCACGACGCCGCUGAUGUUUUCUUAGAGUUGGGGAAGAUGUUUAAUUACGCCAGAUGGUCGAGUACCUGUAACGCCAUGUUCGUCCUCUUCACCGUGGUCUUUAUGAUCACCAGGCUGAUCAUCUUCCCUUUCUGGUUGAUCCACUGCACGUGGUUUUAUCCUCUGGAAAACUUUCAGCCGUUUUUUGGAUAUUAUUUCUUCAAUGUAAUGCUGGUGGUCCUGCUGCUGCUGCACAUCUUCUGGGCGUCGCUCAUCCUGCGCAUGGUCAUUAAACUCAUGCUUGGUAAAAUGAAAGGCGAUGAAAGAAGUGAUGAGGAAGAGGAGGAAAGUCAGGAUGAAGCACACAACCACAACCAUACACACUGUGACAAACCAGACGCUUGGACCUCAAACGUCGACUCGACCUUACGUCCAUAUUGGGCACAAAAAAACUCUCAUUAAUUGACUUUCAGAGGCAUUUACUUAGACAUAUAUUUUUUUUCGAAUACGAUUCAACUCUGGGGAAAUUGAACAAACGUCCCUUCAGAGUGGAUCUGCAACAUCUGGAUUUAUGUAUGAUAUGUGUAAAACUUUAUGUUACGGUUUGUCCAUAAAUAUUUAUAAUUAGGUGCUAUAUAGAUCAAUAAUAGUAAAAAGUAUUAAUUAAGUAAUUACGUUCCGCUCCUCAUUGGAACACACUCCAAAUAUUUUCUCUAUUUAUUAUAGUUUUUUCUUUCAGUUUCUGUAGAUCUUAAUCUGUGUAUUAAUUUUAAAAUAAACAAUCUUAAUUACUUCAUAAUUAAUUAGUUAUGAGGGUGUAAUUAUUAAAAACGUAUUACUUUCGUAUAAUUGGCUUAUUUCCUGAAACUUAAAUCUGAUUGUUACUGAAAUUAUAAAUAUAAUAAUUUAGUCAGUGGUCACCAUGGUGACAAAAAUAAUAAAAUUGAAUGUAAUCUAUAAGCUGUGAUGUAUUGGCACCCCGUCCAGGGUGUACCCCGCCUCGUGCCCUAAGUCUCCUAGGAUAGGCUCCGCCCCCCACGCCCCUAUAUACAGGAUGAACCGGUAUAGACGAUGGGUGAGCGAGUGAGUGAGAGUGAGAGUGAGUAAUCUAUCAGGAUUUAUUUUACGUCCUGGUGUACUUCAUAUGUAGGGAGUUAGAUUUAAACAAAUAGUCAAUACUCUGUCAUGGACUUUUCCUCUUAUGGAGUUGAUUAGUUUUACUUAUGAUGUGAACUUUAAUGUAAAAGUGCCGGUAGAAGAGCAUCUUUUCAUUGAACAGGUAUUAAACAAUAAUGUAUCACAUGAACUCGGACGUUUAGUAGCGUGUGUAAAGGAACUCCGAGCUGAUUGUAUUUUUGAAGAUUAUAACCCAUAGACCACUCUGUGACCUCUGAAUGAACUUGUAUUACUUAUCUUUCAGGCUUAAAUGAUUUUUGGUUUAAAGUAACUAAACUAAAAACAUCUGUCUCUGUAAGUCUGCUGCUAACGUGGAUGAUUAACACUACACACUUUGUUAAUAAAUCUCCAUCUGAGACUCGA